AUGAUUAAUGGCACCGCACGUCCUUCUAGAAGUCCCUGGGCCUCACCCUUGCAUCUUGCGCCUAAGAAAAAUAACGGCUGGCGCCCUUGUGGCGAUUAUCGAGUGCUUAAUACACGGACUAUUCCAGAUCGUUAUCCUAUUAGGCACAUACACGAUUUUUCCCACAGCAUCGCUGGUUGUACGGUCUUCUCCACCAUCGAUUUAAUGAAGGCGUACAACCAAAUCCCAGUUUUUGAGGAGGAUAUACAAAAGACCGCUAUUACUACACCCUUUGGGUUGUUUGAAUUUCCCUUUAUGAACUUCGGCCUGAGGAACGGGAGCCAAACCUUCCAGAGAUUUGUUGACGAGAUGACGCGAGGUCUUGAGUUUUGUUAUGCCUACUUGGAUGAUUUUUUGGUCUUCUCCAAGGACGAAACAGAACACGAAGCCCACCUUCAUCAACUUUUCACUCGCAUGAAGGAAUAUGGCGUUCUUGUCAACACAUCGAAAUGCGUCUUCGGCGCAAACGAGGUAACAUUUUUAGGUUAUCAAAUUUCUGCAUCUGGCACCAAACCUCUUGAAUCCAAGGUCGAAGCCAUAAAGAACUUUCCCGUGCCUAAAACGGUAAGGCAGCUUAGACGAUUCCUAAGAAUGCUCAAUUUUUACAGACGCUUCCUACCUGAGUCAGCUUCAAUUCAAGCCCAUUUGAAUGCACUUCUUGCCGGCUCUGUUAAGGCGUCUCAUCCAGUGAAUCUGACUGGUGACGCACUUUUAGCCUUUAACAGGUGCAAGCAAAGCCUUGCUGAUGCUGCAUUACUCGCACACCCGGAUUGUCGGGCGGAACUGGCGCUAGUAACAGACGCGUCCGACCUGGCAAUGGGUGCAGUUUUGCAGCAAUUAAAAUGUGGGGAAUGGCAACCGUUAGCAUUCUUCUCGCGGAAGUUGAGUCCCUCUCAACAAAAAUAUUCGCCUUACGACCGCGAGCUCUUAGCAAUAUACGAAAGCAUCAAAUACUUUCGUCAUAUGCUAGAGGCUAGACAUUUCGUGGUGUUUACCGACCAUAAGCCGCUCAGUUAUGCUUUCAACGAAAGGAAAGCUAAUUGUUCGCCUCGGCAAUAUCGUCACCUUGAUUAUAUCUCGCAGUUUACGACCGACAUUAGACAUAUAUCGGGAAAAGACAAUGUCGUCGCUGACCCAUUGUCACGUGUCGAAGAACUGCAGAUACCUAUCGACUUAGACGUGCUUGCUUCGUCUCAAGCAUCUGAUCGAGAGCUGACUCAACUGCUGGGAGGUGAAUCUUCACUCCGCCUGGAAAAGUUGAGAAUUCCAAACUCUCAACUGCAGUGUCAACUCAACUUAUUGUGA